AUGGUAGGACACCCAACUGAUAUGUGUCCUACUCUUCAAGAAGAAGAAGUGAAUUCGAUUGGUGGUGGUCAGGGGCAACAAAGACGUUAUGAUCCAUUCUCUCAGACUUAUAAUUCGGGGUGGAGAGAUCAUCUAAACCGGAGAUAUGCAACCACAAUAUCGACCGCGACCUCAAAAUCAGCAAGUUUCCAGGCACAAUCUGGUAGCAUGUCUCUGGAAGAUAUUGUGAAGGCAAUGGCUAACAACACUUUGCAUUUACAGCAAGAGACAAGAAGUGGUCUAAAGAACUUGGAGAACCAAGUUUCUCAGUUAGCUAACACAGUGGGAAAGCUCCAAGCUCAGAACCCUAAUAAGCUUCCGAGUCAGCCAGAGAGAAAUCCAAAGGAGAACGUGAGUGCAAUCUCCCUUAGAAGUGGCAAGCAAUUAGAGGUUCUAGCAAAAAAGACUGAAGGGCUAGCAGCACACCAAGAGGAACAAGAGAUUAUUGUUCCGGAGCAAGAUAAGAAACCCACUAAGGUAAGAGAUGUUGUUUCUCCUAAUACUGAUCAAUUUACUUCUUCUGUUCCAUUUCCUAGCAGGUUAUCAUCUAAGAAUAAGAAGAGAGAGCAAGAAAAGGAGAAAGAGACCCUGGACAUUUUUCGCAAGGUUGAGGUAAACAUACCUUUACUGGAAGCUAUAAGACAAGUGCCGCGGUAUGCAAAGUUUUUGAAGGAGUUGUGCACUAACAAGAGGAGAUUGAGUGGAGAUGAAAAAUUCAGUGUAAGUGAGAAUGUGUCUGCUGUUUUACAGAGGAAAGUUCCUCCAAAGUGCAAGGAUCCAGGUAUUUUUACUAUACCAUGUAAAAUAGGUAACACGAGAUACGAUAAAUGCAUGCUAGAUUUAGGAGCUUUUAUUAAUGUCAUGCCUUUAUAUAUCUAUAAAGCUCUAAACUUAGGAACUUUGAAAGACACUCGAGUGAUUAUUCAGCUUGCCGACCGUUCUAAUACAUACCCUGUAGGAGUAGUUGAGGAUGUUUUAGUGCAAGUGAAUGAACUAGUGUUUCCUGCUAACUUUUAUGUUUUAGAUAUGCCAAAUGAUGAAUCCCCUAGUUCAGCACCUAUCUUGUUAGGAAGACCUUUUCUGAAAACAUCUAGAACUAAAAUUGAUGUUCACAGUGGGGUGUUGACCAUGGAAUUCGAUGGGGAGGUUAUCCGGUUUAAUUUAUUUGAUGCCAUGAGAUAUCCCUCUUAUUGUGAAUCUGUUUCUAGUAUAGAUGUCAUUGAUGCACUAACUGAGCAAGUAUUUUUUCUCUCUGGUCAUGAUAGGUUAGAUGUUGUUUUGACAGCGCCGAUGGAAAAAGAAAAGUAUACUGACUUGCAGGAACAUUUUGAGCUUAAGAGGGAAGCCCCUGAAGUGGAACUAAAGCCACUGCCAGACCAUCUCAAGUAUGCAUUUUUUGGAGAAAAUGACACUUUGCCAGUCAUAAUCGCGAGUAAUCUAACUCCGAAUCAAGAGCAAAAGCUGGUGCAUGUUCUGAAGGAGCAUAAAAUAGCUCUAGGGUGGACAGUUGCUAAUAUAAAAGGAAUUAGCCCCUCUAUGUGUCAGCAUAGAAUCUUAUUAGAAGAGGGAGCUAAACCUGUGAGACAAGUGCAAAGGCGACUUAAUCCACCUAUGAUGGAAGUGGUGAAGAAAGAAGUAAUGAAGCUUCUUGAAGUAGGGGUGAUAUACCGUAUAUCAGAUAUCCCUUGGGUCCCUAUAAAUCUGGAGGAUCAAGAAAAAACGACAUUCACAUGCCCGUACGACACAUUUGCGUAUCGUCGUAUGCCAUUUGGACUGUGCAAUGCUCCAGCAACUUUUCAGAGAUGUAUGGAUGUGGAGUUCCACUUUGAUGAGGCCAGUAAGCAGGCAUUUGACAAGCUGAAAGACAAGUUGGUCACUGCCCCUGUUCUACAACCUCCUAACUGGGAGCUCCCAUUCGAGCUGAUGUGCGACGCUUCUAAUUAUGCUGUAGGGGCAAUGCUAGGCCUUCGAGUUGGAAAAGUUCCCUAUGCCAUCUACUAUGCCUCGAGGACUUUGGAUGCGGCUCAAGCUAAUUAUACUACAACUGAGAAAGAACUUUUAGCUGUAGUUUUUGCUUUAAACAAAUUCAGGUCUUAUUUAUUGGGUACUAAAAUUGUUGUGUUCACUGAUCAUGCAGCGCUGAAAUAUCUGUGGUCAAAAGAUGUAUCCAAACCUAGGCUAAUACGUUGGAUAUUAUUGCUUCAACAAUUUAAUGUUGAAAUAAAAGAUAAAAAAGGUUCUGACAAUAGUGUUACUGAUCAUUUGAGCAGGUUAGUUAUUGAAGCUGAUGAAGGUAAAGUCCCAAUCAAUGAAGAGUUCCCCGAUGAGCAGCUUCAUGCCUUGAACUCACGAACUCCGUGGUUUGAUGAUUUGGUGAAUUUUCUAGUAUCAGGGAAGUUUCUAGCCAGCUACACCAAAGCACAGAAGGACUGA